AUAAAAUCCGCGCCUCGCUACCCAACCUCCCAACUCCCAAGCUCGAACGCCAAGCAAGCAAGAAGCUGAGAACCACCCAGCGCGCGGCAAGCACACGCGUCGACCGAUCCAUCCAUCCAUGGCGCCCAAGAGAUCGACGUCGCCGGCCGGCAGCAGCAGCGGUGGCUCUGGCGAGCGUCAAGAGACGCCGAGGCUGCGCGGCGUGCGGAAGCGGCCGUGGGGCCGGUACGCGGCGGAGAUCCGGGACCCGGUGCGGAAGGCGCGCGUGUGGCUCGGCACCUUCGACACGCCCGAGCAGGCCGCGCGGGCCUACGACGCCGCCGCGAGGAAGCUCCGCGGGCCCAGCGCCACAACCAACUACCCCGCCCCAACGCCGGCGCUGGCGCCGCCCAAGGUGCCUUCGGCUUCGGCGGCGAGCGCGAGCGGUGCGAACAGCACCGUGCUGUCGGAAUCUUCGUCGUCCUCCUCCUCCCGGGACGACCCGUUAGCGAUGACGGUAGCGGUCGCGGCGUAUCCGUCGCUGGACCUGAGGCUGGGGCUCCCGGCCACGGUGGCCGCGCCUGCGCAGCCCUACCGGUUCCUGGACCGGACGUCUGUUUCCGUCGCACCGGCGCUGGUACAGUUUCUGCCGCCGAAGAGCGAGGAAGAGCGGACCUGCUCGGGGUCCUCGUCGUCGGUGGUGGUGGACGCGGCGCAGGCGGUGGGCCUGGGGCUCGACCUCAACCUGCUGCCGCCGGCCGAGAUGGUCAUGUAGCGAUGGAUUCGGCCUAGCCGCCGGAGAGAUUAAUCAUUUGGUUAGCUAGUUAAUUAGCUCAUCAGGUGUACUCAGCCCAUCCUGUGUGAAAAGGCAGCUGUUUGUGUAUAGAGCUAGAGCUAGCUCUCCUUUUCUUUGCCCUGACUGAGCUGCAAUUUGCAGUGCGAGAACGAGGAAAAUUACUAGCC